AUGGACAAUGGGGAGCCUCUUUUAAGGAUCGAGUGGAAGAAAGGACUGACAGAACAAGAAUCAAGGCAGGCUGAGGACAGGAAGCCGAGGCAAGCAGAGGAGAGAACGACCGAAUGCAGACAGAGAACUGCUGCACCGGCGGGACCUGCUUUAGUAUUGGCCGACAGUGUGGCGACCACGACCUCAGACCCCGACCUGUCGAUGGACCCGGAUUACUUCCUUGAGGAUGCCAAGGAUUACGUUGGGACAUUCUUUGAAAGCCUGCCAGUCCCAAAAGCAGACCCCAGCUGCUAUUCACCACCCAGUGUGCCACAUGGACCAAGCAGUAGCAGUCAUAGUAAUGACCACAGCAGCGGAAGUCAUCGAGGCAUGAUGUCCGAUGAGGCCAAAGCCACUAUCUUGCACCUACGUGAAAGCCUUGUGAGGCAGAAGGAAACCAUCCUGGACCAGCGGGAGACCAUCAGAGAGCUAAAUGCCAAGCUCACCUUGUGUGAGGGCUUUGGGGGUCACCAUAGUGUUGGCCAUCAUGACAGCCACCUUGACAAACACCACAGCAACCCUCACGACACCCACCCUAACACCCACCACAGCAACUUUGACAACCAUCAUGAUGACCACCGUGGACGUCACGGUAGCAAUCAUGGGCCAUCUUCAUUGCACCACGGGCCCUCAACACAUCAUAGCAAUGAUCCCCACUACCCCCAUGGCAGCCACAGGCCUGAUCCACACCACAGAAAAGGCUCUUCAUACAGCAAACACGGCACCUUCUCUCCUGAACAGACUGGAAAGACCCUGCAGACACUGAAGGAGAGGCUUGAAAACUUGCAAGCCAGGAACUCUUCCAGCUCUUACUCAAACUCCCUGAGAGAACUGCUCCAGCGAAAGAUCAGUGCCCUUGAAGAGCAGCUGCACUCAUACCACAGUGAACACCCUGACUACGGCCACCAUAAUGACCACCACGGAGAUCACCAUGAUGACCAUCCUGAAAACCACAAUGGCAACGGCCACAAUGAUGACCAUCAUGAUGACCACCAUGGCACUGGCCACAAUGAUGACCAUCAUGAUGACCACCACGGCACUGGCCACAAUGAUGACCACCAUGGCACUGGCCACCGUGAUGACCACCACGAUACUGGUCACCAUGAUCAUGAUGAUCACCAUGAAAACCACCAUGGCAAUGACCACCACGAUCCCCACAAUGGUAAUGACCAUCAUCCACAUCGGCUGCCUUCCAGCAGCAAAGAAACCAGUCUGCGAGGCACCGGGCACAACAAGCUGGAAACGGUUCUCAGCCAGAUACAUCAUGGCAACGACCACGCAAACCACAAGAAGCUUAAGAGUCCCAGCGCAUUCCUGCUUGAUUUCCCCAUGAGGACUAAUUACAUGUACGCCAGGAUGAAGAGGUCGGUGGUCAAUGAAAUCUUUGCCAUGACCAUCUGUCUGUGGCUGAAGCCAGGUGAAGGUCCCGGCCUUGGGACUCCCAUCUCCUACGCGGUACCUGGACAAGCUAAUGAGCUAGUACUCAUCGAAUGGGGCACCAACCCAAUGGAGCUGCUUAUUAAUGACAAGGCGGUUACAUUGCCCAUAACCAUGACAGAUGGGAAGUGGCAUCAUGUUUGUGUGACAUGGUCGACACGUGAUGGUGUCUGGGAAGCCUACCAGGAUGGAGUGAAGAAAGGCUCAGGACAGAACUUGUCAGCCUGGCACCCAAUCAAACCAGGAGGUGUUUUCAUCCUGGGUCAGGAGCAGGAUACAAUGGGAGGCCGAUUUGACAUCACUCAGUCCUUUAUGGGAGAGAUGUCAGAUCUACAGUUCUGGUCCAGAGUCCUUACGGCCAAUGAAAUCCAAACUCAGGCGACCUGUGCCGGCCACCUGGUCGGUGAUAUCAUGUCGUGGUCAGAAGAAUGGGUGGAGCUUCAUGGAGGCCUCACCGAGCUUCCUUUCGAGCCCUGUCACUAAAGAUGGACACUGAUGAUACCCUAGAAGCGGAGCUGUAGACUCAUUUGUGAUUAAAUACCUGUGUCAAACAUAGAAAGUGCAAAAAAUAUGGUCAUCUACCAAAAUGAGGAAGUAACACUUUUUCUUCGCGGGUUUUUCAUUGUUGUGAUCAACACAGCUUGGUUAACCAAAGCUCGGCCAUUGGUGACAGGCAGAGGAAAAAACUAUAUUGCAUUUUCUUUUUUUUUCUUUUUUUUUUUGCCAUUCCUGUCUGACAUGUCUGCCUUCUCCGCCCACUCCCUCACUUCCCCACUCUCAGCAGUACAGCUUUGGAAGCUCCAGAGAGCGCAGAGCUUUGGACUUACUGCCGUUAUGGCCAUGUCUGCGUCUGCGCCAAGGGAUCAAACAUGCGUAAUUAGAUUUCCUGUUCAGAAAAUCAGCUCAAUAGGUUGCUUGCUGCCAUUAACUAGCUUGCUGUAACAUAAACAUUACAGAAGGUGAACAAAAGAUUAA